AUUUCGUUCGUUAACCUCUAAGACCUUGCCAUGGCUGUCCUUUUCACUCUUCUCUUCACCUCGAUUGCCGGCCUGAGCUCUCUCGGCAGCGGCGCGCCCAGUCCUCCUCUGUGCGGCGCUUGGUGCCGGACAGCACCUGACGAUGAAGCAUGUGAAGUCGACAAGAGGCUCACUUCCUGCACGGGAGAGUACUGCAACACCACAUGCGGGCUCUGGUGAGAAACACGGGCUGACACAAUGAGAUCCAUCGAAUCGAAUCAAGCGGUGUGUGUGUGUUGUGAUCACUCUUGAUGCAGGUCGAUGAACAUGCUGAGUGGCGAAAAGCCGCCCAUCCCAUGCGCUAUAUUUGAGAUGAGCGCCGGCUACCCGAUCGGGACAAAGCCAUGCAGACCAGACUGCCUCGGGCCUGAGGUCUCGCCGGCGCGGUGGCCCCUGCCGCUGGGUCUGGGCUUGCUGUGCUGCAACGACGAGUGCAUGCCGGCUGUACAGGUGAGCAUCAGCAGGUCCCAAGUGUGUGGAGCAUGAUGACUUGACUCUCGCUCUGUUGCUGGUACUCUCUUGCAGCGGAGGCAUGCAUUUCACCCCGAGUACCAGUGUGGCGUAAUGCAGGUGGGUCACAGGCAGGCAGGCAGGGAGGGAGGGAGGGAGGGAGGGAGGAAGCGCGUGUGUGGCCAUUGAUGGGCUGGCUUCUGUGUGUCUGUGUGGGAUGCAUUCAGUGUCCCUGCAACGUCUUCGGCAGCGACUGCCCUGAUGAUUGGAAGCGGGUAACCCGGCUGACCAAGACCCCUCUGGACCCCUCAACGGCCCAGCAGCUGUACCUGUACCUCUCUAUCCCCGACUGGCAUGCAGUCAUGGCCUCAUUCGAGCUGGGCGGCGCCACGCGCAUCUUCGUCACACACGACAUGGUCUCAUCAGACAUGCCCGAGGCCGACUACUCGAUCGCGAGCGUCACCACGCCCGGCGUGAUCGAGCUGCUCUCACAGACACCCCUGGCGUACCUCCACCCCAACGCAACGGCCACGGCUCGCGCCAUCCGUGCAAUGCCGAAUGACGUCGACCGUCCUGGUCUGGUCGUCAACCCAUCUGUGGGCGCCUUCAUGAACAGCAAAGGCACGACGCUGAUGGGCGCCCUCACCAGUGGCGACUCUUAUGGCGAUCGGCUUCUAUUGGUCAGCACAGGAGUGGGUCUCGGGGCGAUUCGCGCAACAGUUGAGACGCUGCUGAAGGAGAGGGGCAUACUGUCACGGCUGAAGCAGGUCAUCGUGUACACCGGCGACCGGUCAGUGACACACCUGCCGUACCGUGCUCACGUGGAGGGAUGGCUGACCGAGGCCGACAUCGAGACAGUGGUCGUCUUGAGCCGGCAGGAUGACAGCUGCAGUGAGACCGAUCCCCUCUGCGCAACGGCUCACGAGGCGUCCAAGCGACUGCCCCGACUGCUCGCGGCCAACCCCACCGUGCAACGAUUCGUCAACGGCACGUCCACUGAUGUCAACACACCGAUGGCCGAGCAACAGAUGCAAAUGCGCAGCCUUAGUUGGCGAGGCGGCAAGAUCUACGUGCAGCACGCCGUCGGUCUGGAUAUGGCCAAGGGGGGCAAGCUAGCGGCCGAUGGGUGGACGUUCGGCAACACGAUGGUGGUGUGUGUGGGGCGGUUCGAGAUGGUCGACCAGCUGCCCGAUGUGCUGCGGGCCGUCUGUCAAGAUGAGGGCCAGGAAUGCAGACGAUUCAUCGACGAGCGGCUGUUCCAGUAGACGGCCUUACGUGACGAAUGAAUGUGUGUUGGUG